AUGGAUGCUAUAAUACCUGUCGAUACACCAGAAAUCAAUGGUACUGCUUUAAAUCAACCGUUUCGUUUACGUACUGAUAGUAUAACAAGAAGUUCAUCAAUAGGCGAAAGGGAACCUCAAUCAGUUGAUAUCAUUGAACCUGUUGUCAGGACAACUUAUUCAUCAUCCGGUGGAUUUGAUGUACAAAGUGUUUAUCAGUCAUUUAUUACUGCAUUAAAGGAAUCUCAAAAUCCAAAAUCACCCAUUGGUACACAAGAAUAUAUAAAUGGCUAUCGAGAAUUGUCAAAAUUCUUUGAUCAACUGGGCAUAGUAUUCAAAUUUGUUAAAGAUGAUGUUGUACAAAAAUUAACUAUUUUACAAGAUUUUGUCGAUAAAGAUAAAGGUGAUAUAAAACAUUUUGAUACAAUACAGAAAGCUAUUGAUUAUGAAACGGCCAACAAUUUAAUCAAAACCAAUUCAAAUAAUUUUGCUCGAACCUUAUUAAGACUUCAUCGUGCUUUAAUUUUUAUUGAAGAAUUUCUUCGAGGUCUAAGUGAUCGGCCAGCAUCCGAUGGUACGGCAGCAAUUGCAGCAAGUGCUUAUGAUUCAACACUAUAUCAUCAUCAUGGAUUUCUUAUUCGUACAACAGUCAAAGUUGGAUUUCAUGCAUUGCCAUCGCGUAAACAAUUGGAAGAGGUAAUCUUUCAUGGACAUAAAUCGGAGAUGAUAGAACAAUAUAAGAUAUUUAUAAAAACAAUCAAACAAAUUUACGAUAGUAUUGAAAUCUAUUACGCAGAAAAAAAUUAUUUGCAAUUACCUUGA